UGGAAUGAUAUUGGAUGUACAGUACAUUGAUAUAUCUUAUCGAUAAUGCGGGGGCGUUUGCCUCUUAAAUAAUGUAGUACCCUGCUGCCCUGCUGCCCUGCUACCCGGGAUCUGAUCCGUCUCAAGUGGUCCCAGCUCGCACUUCCCCCACAUCGUCCCCUACAGACUUACUUUCGCCUCGCACUACUUAUCCAUCGUCUGCCUAGCCGCAUUACAUACGUUCACAUUGUCACAAGAAUUGAGCACGUUCAUUUUCAGCCUUCGAUAUCGAUACUUACCUAGUUCGAAGCUUUCUAAGAGGCCACGAAGCAAACAUGACAGGAAAGGCUUUCCCCCGAGGCGGCAAAGGAGGGAAAGGAUUGGGCGGGAAAGGCGGAAUUAAGCGUCACCGCAAAAUUCUUCGUGACAACAUUCAGGGAAUUACUAAGCCUGCUAUCAGAAGAUUGGCUCGUCGCGGAGGAGUCAAGCGUAUAUCUGCCCAGAUUUACGACGAGGUUCGCGUUGCUCUAAGAGCACGCCUUGAACACGUUAUAAGAGAUUGUGUUAUAUAUACAGAAUAUCGGCAACGAAAGACAGUCACGAUCAACGAUGUAUUACAUUCCCUGAGGCGUAUUGGUCGACCAAUUUACGGGUUUGACGAUGUAACUAUGGCUCGUGGCUCAGCUACCAAGAAGAAGUAGUAGCUAGAAUUGCUGGUUUGCUUGCUUAUUUAUUCUGAAGAUGUAAUACCAGGCGCUGAUGGGUGGGGGUGAGUAACACAUAUGGGCGGCUAGUACAUUUGCAACGUUGAAGCACGAUUUUUAACCAUGAUAUAAUAAUGAUACCCUAUAG